AUGAUUACCAGGUUCAUCACCGAGGUGAACACAAAGUUCAACCCGUUCUCGGCAGCCUCGAGGUCGACCCGGCUGUUCCUGGCCAACCUGCCCCCAAACUGCCGUGCCAAUGGUGGUAUGAAGUUGACGACGAGCCUCCUGCCUCGUGCAUCGACCGAGUCGCCACUCCUGCAUAUCAAGUUUAAGGAUGGCAAGGAGAUGAAGCUGGACGGCGAGAAGCUGGGCAUCAAGGGGAUUGUUGAGGAGGUCGACCGACACUCGAGAAUGCUCCAGAAGCAGGCAGAUCUGACUGAGGGUUAA